UGUCUAUAUAAACCCAGGCCAGAGUUUAUUACACUAAAUCAUCAGCUCACAGCAAGUUUGGUACCGACUCCAUUGAAACACAAUGAUGACUCCCAAGCUUCUCCUGUUCGCGUGUGUAUCAUGGAUGUGCGGUCACGUGAUGGCUGUGCCAGCUCCGGGUGGAUUUUGCAGUGCAAAAUCGAACGGUGAUUACAAACAUCCCAACAGCUGUGGUGAGCACAUCAAGUGCAGCAAUGGAAUGGCCCACGUGUUUGAUUGUCCAGUAAACCUCGUGUGGCAUGACGGCCUGAAACGCUGUGAAUACGUCAGCGACGAUGCUGCUUGUAACAACCCUCCCCCUUUCUCUUGUGUGGGACGCCCGAGUGGUAACUAUGCCUACCCAGGUGACUGUAGCAAAUUCUACAUGUGUUCCAACGAACACAAAUGGGCCAUGGAUUGUCCAGCCACGACCCACUAUGAUGUUUCGCUCAAGGUAUGCAACCACGUCGUGGACGCGAAUUGCGUACUGUAAUGUGGAUAUUGCCAAGACCCCGACCAACGUUUCAUCAGUAUUCCUUGUACUACCAGCAAUGUUGACCAUUCAAUAAACUGAUUUUCGGUUUUA